CUAAACCCUCCGAAUUCCAUUGAGUCAGGACAAAGCACAUAUCUACAGUCUAUAUCUUCUGUAGUGGUCCAAUUCCAACGAGGCAUGACAGUCUAACCCCCCACGAUCCCCCGAUCCACCAAGAUGGCCUCCUUGCGCCCGGGGCCGACCGAGGCCAACUCGUCCGUCUCCAGUGGAUCAUCCUCCACUGCCCAGUAUACGCCGGUUUCUGAUGGAUCCGAGCAAGGCGCAUCUCCCAAUCCCAAUCGUCCUGCUGCUGGGACUUUGAAGGUGCAGACGGACUUCAGCUCCGACGGGGAGCCGUUUUCCGAUGACGAGAUCGACGAAGGAUACGAUUCCUACGAAGAUGUGCAGCCCAUCUCUGGCCGGAAUAGCGUGCCAAAGUAUACGAAAGAGGAAGAGAAGCAGAUCAUCAAGCGGUUUGACCGUAAACUCGUUCCAUUCCUCGCUCUUCUCUAUCUGCUUUCCUUUUUGGAUCGUUCAAACAUUGGAAAUGCCAAAAUUGCCGGGCUAGCAGACGACCUACAUCUCUCAUCAUCCCAAUAUGAGUGGCUCCUAACGGCAUUCUAUAUCACGUACAUCCUUUUCGAAUGGAUGACCCUCAUGUACAGAUUAGUGCCCCCGCACAUCUACAUCGCUCUCUGCGUCUGCGGAUGGGGCCUCGUCGCAUCGUUACAGUCGCUAGCUACCUCCUUCGGGGCCCUCGUCUUUCUCCGAGCUGUUCUCGGAAUCACUGAAGCAGCAUUUGGUCCCGGCGUUCCUUUCUACCUAUCACUAUUCUACAAACGCGAAGAGCUGGCCUUCCGAAACGGCCUCUUCAUCUCCGCAGCUCCUUUGGCCUCAUCAUUUGCCAGCAGUCUCGCCUGGGUCAUCGUCCGACUGAGCAGCAACGGACCAAUCGCGCCCUGGCGUGCCCUUUUUCUCAUCGAAGGCUUCCCGAGCAUCAUCGUCGCCGUCUUCGCCUGGAUGCUCAUCCCCGAUUCACCGGGGACUGCCUCAUUCCUCAGCCCCCGGCAGCGAGUCAUCGCACAGCUGCGUACGGACGAGACCAACCCCAGCCAUAAACCCUCACAGCAACACCAGCAGCAGCGCAAAUCCUUCAACUGGAAAGAAGUCAAGAAGACCCUAUCAGACCCCAAAUCCUAUAUCACCGCCUUCAUGUUCUUCAGCUGCAACGUCGCCUUCAGCUCCAUGCCCGUCUUCCUCCCCACCAUCAUCCAAGACAUGGGCUACAGCGCACUCACCUCACAAGCCCUCUCCGCGCCCCCCUACCUCCUCUCCUUCCUAACCGUCCUCCUCACAUCCCACCUCUCGGACCGCACCCGCACCCGCAGUCCCUACCUAAUCUUCCACGCCCUUCUCUCCGCAACCGCCUACGCCCUGAUCGCCCUAACCGGCCACUUCCACACCCACCUCCCACCCCCCAUCCAAGUCUCCAUCCGCUACCUAUGCGUCUACCCCGCCACAUCGGGCUUCUUCUCCGCCAUCACCCUCAUCAUCACCUGGACGAUGGACAACCGCGUCGCGAAAGAAGGGAAAGGCACGAGUGUAGCCAUCUUGAAUGUCAUCGGGCAGUGUGGGCCACUUCUUGGGACGAGGCUGUAUCCCAGGAGUCAAGGGCCCUGGUAUGUGCCUGGGAUGGCGGUCUGCGCGGGGUUUAUGGUGGUGGUUGCGGGGUUGGCGGUGCUGUUGAGGGUGUUGGGUGGUAUUGAAGAUGGGGAGAGAAGGUUUACGUAUAUUUUGUAGGUUUUGUAGAUGGGUUGGAUAUUUUGAUACGAGAUUGGAUGUAAUGUUGGUGAGAUGAAUCGGGUUGUCGAGUGAACUUGGGAUGGGGAUAGUAUUCGAUACGUAGAUGAUAAGAUAAAAUAGGUGAAUGAUUGCUCAAUUGAUGAAUCAACGUAGUAGAGCUCCGAAGAAAAGACCACCCGGCAAACCACAAUCACUGACGCG